AUGGCGGACAAUGGCUCCCCCAACCCCGAAUUCCUGGCUCCCCCCGCCGUCACGGCGUUGCGACAGGAGGCCCGGAACAUCAAUCCGAGCAUGACCCGCUCCUUCAACGAGGAUAUACGGGAGGAACGAGAAGACUUGAAGGAGGCGGCCGAGCAGACAUUGAACAUCAUCGUGGAUCUGGACCUGGACGGCCGCAUCAAAUGGGUCAGUCCAUCAUGGAAACAGGUGGUGGGAUCAUCCCCCGAGUCGGUCGAGGGCCAGAUGAUUGCGGAUAUUCUGGUCGGGAACAAGGACGUGUUUGGCGAUGCCAUCGAGGCCAUGAAGGUGGACGACUCGCGGAGCCGGUUCAUCCGCUUUGCGGUGCAGAUGGGACCAGACUCGGUGCUGAAGGACUCCCCGGAAUCGCAAUCUUUGGAGACCGACGAUGAAAACGACAAGGAAGAAACAUCGGAGAGCGCGAGCGCCUCCCCGACGGAAGAGGAAGAGCCCAAACACAAUCUGCUCACUAUGGAGGGACAGGGAAUCAUGGUGUAUGAUCGGACGGACGACCAAACUGGCCAUACCAUGUGGAUGCUACGACCGUUUACUGAACCGCGAGAAGUGACCAUCGAUCUGCCACCCCUGCUGGUGGAGUCAUUGGGUGUUGGUGCUGAGGUGCUGGCGAACUAUUUGACCACCCUGGCCGAGGCUGCCGCGAACGAACCCGACCCCUCCAAACACCCUGCCCCGACGCCGGUCCUAUGUCGCAUCUGUGAACGCCAAAUCACACCGUGGUGGUUUGAGAAACAUUCAGAUCUGUGCCUGCAGGAACAUCGGGCCGAAGUGGAUGUCCAGAUUGCCCAGGAAAACCUCAACGAACACCGGCAUGUCAUCGUCAAAGUGUUGGAUGCGCUCGAGAGUCGUCAAGGAAGACCCUUGAUUGGUGGGGAUGGUGUUCAGGCACCACUACCCCAGCCCGAGUACAAGGGGUUACCUAUUGGCCCUUCUCCUACAUGCUCUGCCCCGACGUCUGGCCUGGGGUCCAGUGUCAGCUCUGCUCCGGGCACUCCACCUCGCUCACGCGAUCAUUCAGCAUCUGGAAUCAGCCCCGGGCGGCCUCGCGCGUUCACCGUGCGCCGACCGUUGGCUCGUAUCGUUGAGCUGAUCCUCGAUCUCUGCGACACUGCCCUCGAAAUCAGCAUGCCGGUCAUCAAGGAACCAUCGCGCUCAGAUAACGGCGAAGAUUUCCGAACUCUCUCCCCGCAAUCUGAAUCCCGCAUCUCUCAAGUGCUGCAGUGGCAGUCCCCGAGCUCCAAUACGUUGGAGCAGGAGCAGGGCCUGGCGGCUUUGUCAUCCGAUACAGAGCAACUGGCCAAGUCCAAGGUAGAUGCCGUUGAUCGGCAUCGCAAGAUCGUUGAGUACGCGGAACGGAUCCGGGUUGAAUAUACGGUGAUGGUGGAAGAGUGUAUCUCGGCAGCCCUCAGCAAGGCACAACGGAUUGCUGCCGGACAGCUCAGUGAUUCUUCUUCCUGCUCAUCCGACGAGGAUGUCCCACAGGAGGCCGUAAUCAUGACCGACAAUGGCAGCACUAGUGACCUGGUGGUGGAUGUGCCUCUAGCCCAAACUGCCAGCCCGGAAGCGCUUCCACCACUAUCGUCUGCGUCUGUGUCACGGCGAGCAACCCCGACCUCGGCAUUGACCAUGUCCAUGCGCAACUCUUCUGAACGGGGCCUGCUCUCGCAGGGAUCAGAAACCAGAUCGUCGUCGUCCGCAGCCGUUUCGACUGGUCCCAACAGCCCCAUGGAAUGCCCGACACCCCGAUCCCACAAGAGCGCUGCCGCGGUGUUGAGCACAUCGCAACCAUCCCGUCGGGGUUUGUCACUGGUUGACAUCGACGGCGGGGAAAGCAGUGACAGCAGCAUGCCAUCAACAUCCAUGUUUACCAACGCUGUCCGGACAGACUCUCCUUCUUCUGAACGGAGUUUUGAUCGAAAGCGCCGAAGCUUGGUGCUUCCAGGGUUGUCUAGCUCGCCUCGACGACAGCCAUCGCCUGCUCGGCUUUCAGGGCCUCACUCUCCGUUACGAAUGCCCAAGCCUCGACACUCGACCGGUACGGACAGUAUCACGUCCCCAGUUGUGUCGCCUUCUACGUAUGCGGGCGAAUUGGCUCAACACAACUGUCGCCACCAUCGCCGACAGUCUUCCGCGACUUCUUCGGAUGUUGCAAAACCGCCGGCCUCCCCACGCCUCCCUUCAGUGAGCCAACAACCUCGCCCCGCUCCCCCCUCAAUCAAAGACUUUGAAAUUAUCAAACCGAUCAGCAAGGGUGCUUUUGGUAGUGUUUAUCUGUCCAAAAAGAAAUCCACCGGCGAAUAUUUUGCCAUCAAGGUCCUGAAGAAGGCCGACAUGAUCGCCAAAAAUCAGGUCACCAAUGUCAAGGCAGAGCGAGCCAUCAUGAUGUGGCAAGGGGAGAGUGAUUUUGUUGCCAAACUCUAUUGGACAUUCUCCAGCAAGGAGUACCUGUACCUGGUCAUGGAGUAUCUCAAUGGAGGCGAUUGCGCUUCCCUGGUGAAGGUUUUGGGUGGGCUGCCGGAAGAUUGGGCUAAGAAGUAUGUUGGUGAGGUUGUGCUGGGUGUUGAGCACCUCCAUGACCGUGGAAUCGUCCAUCGCGAUUUAAAGCCCGAUAAUUUGUUGAUUGACCAGACCGGCCACCUGAAAUUGACCGACUUUGGCUUAUCCCGGAUGGGUCUGGUAGGCCGUCAGAAGCGCGUGCUCAAGAGCCCCAAUGAACCGGCGCCGGAUCUGCUUCGACAAGGGCCUUUCCCUCGGGCUAUUUCGAUCGCCUCUUCCCGAUCGGCUUCGUUUGACUUCCAGGCUGGCUCCUCUCCUAACUCCACUCCUCUGAUGACUCCGGAAGUCGCUGCCACCCAGCCUUCCUACUUCAGUCUCAACCAAACCGCUCUUAGUCGGCAGAGUUCUCGCCGAGCCUCGGGGUAUCGGAGCGACAGUGCGGGAAGUGACAGUUUGAAUGGAAUGUUCAGGACAUUUUCACUGAACGAGGGUGUUAACGAGCCCUCGGUGGCGUCGCCCAGCAUGUUCUCAAGCAGCCUGGCCGAGGAAGAAGGCCAAAGUGAACCAGGCGAGUCUCCUCUACUCUAUCCGCUUCAACCGACCUUCAGCAACCCUGUCUCUCACAAUACGCCUCCGCAACAAACCAUGCUCCCCCCAGUGAUGGCACUUUUUGAUCCGGAAGACCACAAUCGGCGUUUCGUCGGCACUCCUGACUACCUAGCCCCGGAAACGAUCAACGGGAUUGGUCAGGAUGAAAUCAGUGAUUGGUGGUCUCUUGGUUGUAUCAUGUUUGAGUUCAUCUUCGGGUAUCCACCUUUCAACGCGUCGACUCCGGAUGAAGUGUUCGAGAAUAUCCUCCAGCGAAAGAUCAACUGGCCCGAGGAACCAGAGGAGUAUACCUCUCCGGAAUCACUGGAUCUGAUGAACAAACUCAUGACUCUCAACCCGCGAGAACGCAUCGGAGCCAACGUGGAGGAGAAAUUCCCAAAUGGUGGUGCAGAAAUCCGCGCUCACCCCUGGUUCUCUGACAUCAAUUGGGAUACGCUCUUGGAGGACAAAGCGCAGUUCGUUCCCACCCUUGAAAACCCAGAGGAUACGGAAUACUUUGAUACACGAGGCGCCACUCUCCAGGCUUUUGCAGAAGAAAUAGAGGAUGAACCUAGCGAGCCAGAGCCGCAUACGACUGGUGCAUAUCCAGACCGUCCUCACGAUGCACUGUUCAAAGUUCGCUCGCAAGUCAAUUCAAUGAAGCGACCGUUGAUGCCGUUGCACAUCCCACCUCAUGUCCGUGACGCCCGUGAUUCUCGCAGCCGGAGAUUAAGCGAACCGGCGCCCGCCGACGACUUUGGCAGUUUCAAUUUCAAAAACCUGCCAAUGCUAGAGAAGGCCAACAAGGAUGUGAUCCAGAAGAUGCGCCAAGAAGCCAUGCAGACGCAGCACCGCCAAUCAAGCUCAUCAUCGGCCUCUCAGGCACCGGUGCAGCCUUCAUUGGAGAGCAGUCCACUGCCAAUGGGACUUCAACGCGCCCUGUCUCAGACCAAGGGCAACAAUCGUCCUUCCUCCCCUUCGAGUGUGAGCCAGGCAGCCUCCUCGCCCAGCAGGCCGUCACAGCCAUCAUCGCCACUUCUGGUCCAGUUCAGCACUGGUAACACUUCGGAACGCCGCAAGACAUCUGGCUCUUCAUCGGCCACUUCGUACCACUCGAGUGGGAAUUUUCAACCGUCGUCCGUCGACCAGAAUCGUGUGCCCAACUUUCGGCUUGGAUCGGUGGCGUCUUCGCCAGUCAAGAACAGCAGGAUCCCGAGCCAUUCUCCCGAAAAACAUUCUUCAAGCCAUAGACACGGCAGUGCUCCGGCAAGUCGAGCUCGUUCACAGACGAUUGGGUCUCAAGAGGGUGACCUGUCAACACUAUCUAAGGAGUCUUUCGUGCCGUCGCACCACAAACGCCGAAGUCAACUUUUUGACAUCUCUCCGUCUUCGUCGGACAAUGAAGAUCCCCGCACCAAAGCGUUACUCAAAGUUCAACGCCGACGGCAGAGCUCUCGCCGCCUGUCGCAGUUCAAUUUCUCCGAAGGCCCAUUCUUUCGUCCAUUGGAUGUGCUUAUCUGUGAGGAUCAUCCAGUCUCGCGCUUGGUCAUGGAGCGUCUUUUUGAGAAGCUUCGCUGUCGAACCAUCACCGUCACGAACGGCGCCGAAGCGAUGCGAUAUGCCCUCGGCGAAGUUCAGUUUGAUAUCAUCAUGACCGAGUACAAACUGCCUCAGGUGAACGGUGCGGAUUUUUCGCGAAUGGUGCGGGAGACUCGCAGUCCCAACAGACAUACCCCGAUCAUCGCCGUCACGGGCUACUUGAAGGAUCUUCCGGAAACCCACUACUUUGACGCACUGAUCCAGAAGCCCCCUACGCUGUCUAAGCUUACGGAAGCGCUGUGCAAAUGGUGCAUGUGGAAGCCUCCUCCAAAGGACUACACCCCCUCGCAGCCUCUGGCGGGGCCUAUGCCCAAUGCUCGACAAAAUUCUCAGCCCACCGAUGACAGCCCGAGCUCGGCGUCCUCUGGAUUCGUUCCCAACCCCCCCAGUUCCUAUCGGGGAUCCAGCCGGGACGAUUCGGUCAGCAGCAGUAUCUUUGGUGAGAUGGAAUCGAUCAAGCCGGAAGAAGUCCCUGUGAUCAUCAGCCGCAAUGCCGACGACUGGGAUCAAGGUCAGGGUGGACUGGGUAUUUCUGAAGAUACAAAUACACAGCUGGGCAGCCCAGACCCCAAGGCCGUGCCUGUCCCACAUCUUCUUCAUGCUGCCUCGGCACCGGCCGCGAUGGAUCCCAGCGGCGCCCUCACCCCGCGCAAACAGCGGUCCAGUGAAGCCAUUCGUGCUAAACGGGAGUCCUUGGAGAGGAAGCGCUACGAGUGUGCUGAGUCGGGCGAUGACGAGGAUGAAGAGCUUGGAAAUGUCCAGGCCCGUCGCAGUCCACCAGCCCGAAACCGCCGCCCUGGUUCCAAGCUGGGCAUUGAGAUGAUGCGAACAAACAGCCGAGGCAGUGUGGUCAGCGGGAGUGAGGAGCUCCUCAAAAAGGAGAGAGAGGCACUUAAACUGAAAGGCGAGGAGUCGCUUGAUCCUGACUAUAUUGAGGAGGAGUCAGCCCUGGGAUCGCCUGGCAGUGCCACCCUCGAAGAGCAACUUGAAGGUCUCAGCAUCCCCGAGGAGCCGGAGCUGGAGCUUAGUCCUCGCAACUCUCCUGCCCCAGACCCCGUGCCUCACCGACGGCCUUCUCUCACUCAUACCGAUACGUCGAUCUACUCGGGUCCCGUGGCCCACCAGCCCGAGCCGAAGACGAGCUCCGCCAGCCUGCACGAGGGCCAGACCACUCCUCCGUUUGACACCUUCGCCCCGUCUGAUGCUCCGCCAAUCACCCCCGGAGUCAAAGUGUCUGGCAGCAUGGAUACGGGUUCCGGCGUCGACACCGACUACCCGCCGACCCCGGAUUCCGAAGCCACGCCGCGCCCCCUUCAACCUUCUCCUAGUCUGGAUCCGGAGCAAACGCCGCGGGCACCGGAGCGGCAUCAUCGAUUGGAUCUGUCGUCCAUGUUCAAGCGAUAG